UUUCAUUGUGAUGGUGUAUGAGUGAGGUUUCUCUUUUUCAGUGGGAGGUUCAUAAUGAUGCUUUGGAAUAGUUUAAUUUUGAGAGUCAACAUGGGAAGAAGAGAAUCUUUUUCCUUCAUUAAGGCCUGCUAUCCUCUCAACAACGACGCAUCCUCCACCCGGGUACCACAAUCAAUGCCACACGGAUACCGAUGGAACACCGAUAAUUUAAGACAUUAGGAACUCACACAGCUAUUUGUUUUGAUAAGUGAAUAAUUGCUUCGUCAACGAGGAUAUUCUUUCGUAAUAGUCGAGUAUCUUUGGAAAUUUUCAACUGGGUUGCCGGUAAGAAGGUGGUGGAGACACUGGAGUCGAAUUAUUUUUCAAUAAGGACAAUAACAUAAAUAUCAUUAGAGGAGAGAUGUUCACCCCGGAACUAGUGGAGCUAACAAGAGUGCAAAGGUCCUGGUGGUUGCCCAAAGACUUGGAAUGAGGAAUCCGGCACUUCGUCUCGUCGGGAUAGCGUCGUCCCCCGGUGGUGGUGGGGUGUUUGGUAAUCGGGCCGAGGAGGAGUUGCGCCUUUGGCUUGAAUCACGCUUGGAUGCAUUGGGCAUUGACCCAGUUGCUUACUCGCGUUUUGUUCUUAGCCUGUUGCGCCGCCCCGACUCGGCCCUGUCUCCAUCCCUCAGUACUGGAGGACGACAUAAUCGGGUACGCACCAGGGUGAAAUUGCCUCUGCAGGGUGAAAGAGAGCAAAGACGCGCUGUCGUGCAAUGCCUCACUAAUGCCGCUGAUCAGAAAUGCGGAGUAGAGUCAUUGGUCGACGAAUUGUGCGCUAAACUGAGAAAUCUCGAGGGGGGCAGAACUAAUGAUGAUAAGGACGAAUGCAGAAAACUCGAGGAUGACACUAAGUCCAGUACUUUUGAAUCCCUAACGCCCCGCGGCAGAGCACUCAGAUACUACGCCGCGUUUCCAGCGCUUCAGUCUGCUACUCCGAAGAAAGCCAUUUAUAAAAAGGACGAAAACUUGGACACCAUCAACAAUAAUAAUAAAAACCGAACCAUCGGUCUCAACGCAAACAAUAAUAAGAAGAACAGCAAUAAAAAUAGCAUUAGUACUACUUCAAAUAAUAAAUCGCGGCACAAAAACACUAAAAUGUCUAUUCAGGCCAUAGAAUCACGGCGUACCAAUGGAAAAGAAUCAUUUGGCUUUGCAAAAUCAAUGGAACGUGAACGGGAAAAAGAACGCGAACUAGAGUUGGACCAACUUCGCCUGGCCCAGCUCCAAGCCAAAUUUGAUGAGAGCUUAGAAGCCCUCUGGGAUAGUGGCCCAGGUAAUUCUCAGGAUAAGGCAUCUAUCUGGGCAGCCCCAUCGUUGUCAAUACCAUCUGGACCAUUGUGGCCUGUUGACACUGCUGAACUGCCUCCGAUUUUUCCUUUUAACGAUUCUUCAUCAUCGACAACACUUUGUCAAGAAUCCAUUAUCAACGACUCUCCAAUUAUUCCUUGGGACAUUGAUUUCUCUGUUGACACAUGCAUCGAUGGAAAUGCAAAAGAUAAACUUGAUUAUAAUUGGAGCUGGUCGGAUUAUGUUGGCGAUGGACCCUGGUGCUGGAGGAUGAACAAAGCCUUAGAUAAUAGCCCACAAAAUGACAGUUGUUUAUUCACCUUUCCACCUUGCAAAACUCCAACAGUAAUCGGCAAAGAGUCAUGCUCACAUUCUGAGGUAAACGGUCUUCAGAAUGUGGUUGUUGUUCUUGAUGACGAUAAUGAAGAAGAAGAUGAUGAUGAUGACGAGAAUGAUGAUGAUGAUGAUGAUGAUGAUAAUGAUAAUGACGGCAAUGAUGGUGAUGAUGAUGAGGAUUUAUUGACAUCUGCACGUACACAUUUUUGUCCAAUCAAGGAUGAUGGCAACUGGGUGGAUGGUACAACAUUUCCAGUAAAUAAUAAUUUCGAGAGAGUUGCGUACAGACGAUCUGACUCUGGCAAUUUGCUAUAUCUUCCUGGUGGAGAAAGUCCUUAUAUGGAGUACAGGGAUGAUACAGUAAUGCCACAGGUCCCUGGAUUUACUCUGAAAUUCCGUGUACAUCAGUGCGAUAAAUCUAUUCAGACAGAUCCUGUCAGAUCGCCAAUUAAGAGGAGGAUUUUGGCCGAGGACGAUCAUUUUUAUUAUUCUUCUAUCGAUACUGAUGAUGCUCUUGCCCAGGAAGCUGACGGAGUGGAGAAAGACACUUUCAUAUUGGCGCAUCUUGGGUGGACACAGCCGAGUGUAUCGUUACUUAACGACAGAAAAAGGUAAAAUUGAUUUUUCCCCACUUCUUUUUGUCAUUGGAGAGGAUACCUCGGAAGAACAAAAGAUUAGUUGAAAUUUAAUAUCUCUAUGAAGAUUAUUUUGUUAAGACCCGCAUGGAGUUACCAGCAUCCCCUUCUCGCCGCCCCCCGCUAAUAUCCAUCACCUAGAUAUUGCAGACAAUGCGGGAUGGAUACGUGCACCCUGUAUAUGAUUUAUUGCACGCGGAAUAAUUAAUAUAUCGUGAAAAAAACUGUUGAGUACCAAUUCGAAAUUAUUAUUCUUUUUUGCUUCCGAAUGGAAGCAUGGUAUUCGUCGGAUUUUGA